AUGGACACUCCCAACAGAACGGAUAAGGAUAAUAGUAACUCUGUUGCAAUUAUUGCCGCUUCAAAUGUUGAUGGGUAUCUAAGAAAUGCAUCAAAACGAUUGCGAAUACCUGACCAGAAAGGUGGAAGGGGAACACGGCGUAAGUUGGCGAUGGUUACUUCAGUUGUAUCAGCCGAGCAGACUUGCGAGACCGAUAUCGUAGACGAUGAUUGGGAUGAAGUUGCCCUUCCUGCUACUUCUUUAGCCAAGAAAGAUCCUGUCAAAGUUGAUGUCGACCUUUCGUCUACAGCAGUGAAACCGGAAAUUAAACUUCCCAUUUUAAAAGAUGAGGUUACCGCACCAGCUGAAGUGACAAAUGACGCAUUUGUAAAGAAGGAAACAAUUAUGGUUGAAGACGACUUAGCGUCACGUAGCCACGACGGGCAGGACUCUUUCGUGAUACAAGGCUCCAAGAAGCCUCUCAUUGAACAACCACAGAGAGCAUGGCGGCGAAGCGAUCCAACGUAUGAGGCAAUGAUAGAGCAACGCGAUUUGCUUUCUGCUCAACGAAGAUCAGAGCGUAUUCGUCGUACUUCAGAAUUUGUGUUGAAUUUACUUGCUGUCUUGAUUCGUGGGCGUUUGCUUUGGCGUGAGUCUCGUCACCUGGGCCUUCUAAAAGCGUUGCUUUCUUUGAAAUUUCGAAACAAGGACCAAAAUUCUGAUUUACAAGGUGAAAUAGCGAUUUAUCAUUCAGAAAGAGAGGCAAAUUUAGUAUCUGAGUCAUUUGGAAAACAUUUUCCUUUUAUUGCCGCUAUAAGGACUGUCAAGAAGAUUAUUUUGGACUCGAAGGCUCCACAUCUUUGCAAGACAUCCCUUGCUCCAACCUGGGUGACGCUGAAUAAGGAUACCGUCAAUAAUAAAACUUCAGAAGCCGUUAGGGUUUUGCUCAAGGUUAUACAUGAUUACUUUGAAUUAAAACCAAAAACAGUUGCUCCUGAUCAAGUUCUUGAAAGUGCUUCGGCAAACCCGAGUACAGAGACCAUUAAAGGGGGGAAAAUUUCUGAAGAUAUGUUUGCUGAUUGGAGCGCCCCUAUUGUGCCUGGCUUUCUGUACAAAAAAAUACGACAAAUGCGUCGUGGAAUCAUGAAAAAUGGUUCGAAGCGGGUACCUCUCCCUCAUCCAUUAUACUUUUCAGUCUUGUUUAUAUCAUUAGCAGCAGCAGCGGGAUUACAAUGCCGCUUGGUGAUUGCAAAGAGGUUCGAAAAAGUAUCAAAGCAACUAGACACUGAUGCAAAUCAGAACCAGACGACUGAGACCAAGUUAGAGAAGAUCUCAAUUUUUAGCAAAAAGAACCUAAAGGGUGAUCAGGCAAACAAGACAGGAGGCAGAGAUGCAAUGUUAUCCUCAAAAAAGUUGCCAAUUUCUUGCUUCUGGGUUGAGGUUUGGAGCGAAGAACGACAGUGUUUUUUCGCUGUCAACCCUUGUGGGGAAUGUACAACUUUGUGGGGGGCUCCGUAUACGUUUUCUGUUGGAGGAGAUGUCAUUAUUGAUGCUACACCUCGUUAUAUUUCUAAAUAUAGCUCUGCCUACGCUUUCAACCAGCGUCUGAAUAGAUCUAGACAAAUGGCUUUUUUGUGGAAAAAUAAACUGAAUUGGGAUGAUAAUCGAGAAAUAUCAGAAAUUCUGUUGGCCUCAUUUUGCAAGGAUAUGACACCAAUAACUCGACGACAGGUGGUUCGAGAAAAAAAGCAGCUGGACUCUCUCGCGUAUUCCGAGGCAAUUCCAACGACCUUAACUGCCUUGCAUCGUCAUCCUCUUUUUGUGAUUGAGUCUGAUCUUGCCCGGCACGAGGGCGUUUACCCCAAGGACGAUACCACAAUAUUAGGCAGCGUAAAGGGACACGUUGUGUAUAAGCGCUCUGCGGUUGUUAGUCUGCGUUCUCGCGAUGGAUGGCUUCGAGAAGGGCGUAGCUUAAUAUCUGAGGAUCUGCAGCCGUACAAGGUCAUGCCUCCUCCACCUUCUCGUCCGUUUGCGGCGAAGUCAAUGUUUUACGGCAUCUGGCAGACGAAGCCGUUUGAGCCACUGCCUCUGCGUGCGGAUGGUAGCAUCCCCCAUCACCGGCAGACGUCAUGGUAUAUUCUGCUCGAUAGUCCUCCGCCGGCGGGGAUCGCGCGAUUAACGCAGCCACAAAUUGCGCGCGUAGCGCGACGCAUGCAGCUCGACUUUGGUUUGGCGGUAACUGGUUUCAUUCGCCGACGUGUAGAUGAGCGGCGGCGAGGCAAUUGGGAGGUCGUCAUCGACGGCAUCGUGGUGCGGGAGAUCGAUCAGGCGAGGCUCGUGAGUGCCUAUGAGGAGUGGGUGCAGCUGGUUCAGGAGCAGGAAGCUGCCAAACGGCGGAAUCGCGCCUUCUCGUGGUGGUUGUCUUUCUCCCAACGAUUGCUCUCGACGGAUCGGCUGCGAAACCAAUAUCUUACUGGUCUUUCCUUUGGAAGCAUGCUAACCCAUUGA